UUUGUUCCGCUCUAGAGAUAUAAUCGCAGAGUUGACCCAGAAAGCGAUCUCCCGUAUCAGGGACUGGAGCAGAGAGAAGCAACACUGCGCGUGUCUCUGGAAUACCACGAAAACGCAAGGACACUCUUCAGAAAGGAAGAGCCAUAUUACACUGCAUCACUUCCAAACCAUGGCUGAUCACAUGAUGAUGCCCAUGAGUCAUGGGUUCCGCAUGGGCAUGAACAAUCACCCUCAGCAUAUGGGCCAGCCAGGAAUGCGUACCCUCCCGAGCGGCCAGCUGAUGCACUACAACAGAGGGCCACAAGGUUCUUUGGAGGCGGCGAUGAGGCAGCGGGCCGGCAUGGGGCCAAUGAUGAACGGGCAGAUGGGGAACGGGCAUCAUAGUCAGAUGCAAACAGGUAACAUGAUGUACGCAGGAGCAAACCAGCAGCCGGGGCCACAGCACCCUCAAGCUCAACAUCACAUGCAUCCGCAGAGUCAACCACCUCAGCAGCAGCAUCAGCAGCAGUAUAUGGGCGGAGGAGGUCUAACAUCUCAGCAGCUCAUGGCCAGCAUGCACCUGCAGAAACUCAACACCCAGUACCACGGGCUUCCUCUCGGGCCCGGGAACGGACACCACAUGGGACCCGGUGGUCCAUACAGGAUGGCUCCAAACCAACUGGCAGGCAUGCAGAUGGGGAUGGGUGGCCCAACGUUGGGCCUCAACGUCAUGGAUACAGACUUGAUUGAUGAGGAAGUCCUCACAUCUCUUGUGCUGGAACUGGGCUUGGACAGGGUGCAAGAGCUGCCUGAACUUUCACUGGGUCAGAAUGAGUUUGACUUCUUCUCAGACUUUGUUUGCAAGCAGAAGCCUAACACUGUCAGCUGCUGAGCAGCCAAUUAGUAUUGGUUUCACUUUGUAUCUGUCCUAGUCAGUUGGUUGGAUGGUUGCUUGUAUAAAUUCUGAGGAUUUUGUGCAAGGGAAGCCAGUUUUACUGGUCUGAAGCGAAGUGUAAAGUUAUGCUAUAUAUACACACUGUAGUACACUCUGGCCUGACCUAUUUGUUUGCAAAUGAAAAGAAAGAUGGGAGGUUCUCUCCAAAUGAUCACUGCUCUUUUAAGAGCUGAACUCUGCGAUUGAACUUUUGUAAGUGUGUUUUUGUGAGGUAGCAACCAACUUUUUAUCAAUCCCCUGGGGUGACGAUGUAGCUCAGUCGGACCAGGGUUGAAUGUGACUUCACUUUAUCAGCCCUGAUUAGAACAAUGCAUAUAGCCUGUCUUGCCUCCCCGGGGGCUUCGCUGGCAUUUAGAAAUAUAUUUAGUCACCAAAAACUGGACAUUUAUUGAGAUCAUAUGACAAUUCUGCUUUAUAUCAAACAAGCUCCCAGAGGCUUGUUAAUGCGAAGAACAGUUUGAGUGAGGUUUUUUUUUUAGGUGUAUUGAAGGCUGGUACUUCAACACAGUCUACCGAUUAUUCCUUCAUCGCUCUAAAGCUAACAUUUAGGAUCCUAGGAUUGGUGAAACACCUGGAGCUGGUUAUAAAUGUCAUUUUUCACAGUGUCAUUUUACACUGUUCAGUUUUUCUCUCAAAUCUGUCAAAUUCAUCCAGACACCCACAUUAGCAUAAGCGUCCACUUUUUUUUUUUUUUUUAAUCACAGUUGACAUAGUUUGAAUGCUCAUAAUGUUUCUACUACUUGAUUGAAUUAAACCAAAUCAACUGGCUGGCAUUUAAGUGUCAACCGUUCACUGUAGGCUGUCUCUUUAUGCUUCUAGAGAUAGCAAGAAACAGCUUGGAAAGCACUGGAAUGUCUUAUUAGCUUCUGUCGCUAACUGCUGAGCCUGCUCCCUGCUGGUUUGUCACAGAUCCAGGACUGCCUUAAACAAGCAGCAUUACUUUUUCAAAAACAACAAAAGAGAGAUACCAAGUGCGUUUUAAGUUGAAAAUAUGGGGGCUUCAUUCAUAGAUUUAGUCGAAGUGCAACACGAAACAUUGCACGUCAUAGUUCCUCCGAGAGAUAACGUGUCAUUUGCUUUUGACAUCAACUUCUCUAAAUGAAAUGUAUGUAGUGCUCAUAAAUGGUCAGUAGAUGUCUUUAGAAUGUCACUAUACUGUGAAUAACUUGAGUUUGACAAUACAGUGCCACUGUGUAAUGUCCCUUAAACCACAUAUUGCUCAGUGAUAUCUUGUAGCAAGCCGCUAAGUAGAUAAGGACAGCAUUGUAUUCUACGGCAAUAUCUUGUUUUUUUUUUUUUUGCCACCUGUUUUAAAUUUCCCCGAAUGUUACGCUAUUGUUUGAACCAUUCACCAUGUGCAUUGUUGUCCUUAUUACAAAUUUUCAUGCUCUCAUGGUAGCACUAUACCAUGUCUCUGAGUAUAUAAGCUUACGUUGCAGGUUCACCACUAAUUUUAUGCACAAACACACACACACAUACACAGAUACACUCUUCUUCUUAAUUGAGGUCAGUGGACCCACUCUCUCCAGUGGCCUCAUAAUUACAAAAUGGAAAUAAUUAAUUAAUUUCUACAUUAUUGUUUUGUUAGUAACUUGUAUCCGAAGGACGCAGUUCCCCCUCUUCCCUGUGGUGAGGUUAUGGUAUUUGCUUAUCUCAGCUGGGCUUUGUAUAGGAGUAGCCAAAAUGUCGAAAGUAGUUCUCUUCCACUAAAACUGUGCUCCACUUCCUUCUUAACCCACCCAGCUCAUGGGAAUAUGCCUGAGCCACAUCCUAGUCUGGGAUUAACAAAACAGAACUCAAGGAUACACAAGGCCAAAAUAUCUGUUGGAACAUAUAUUGUGAUUCUUACAUUACUGAACAUUAUUCAAGGUCAACACUGCUAAAAAUCGACGAAUGAGUUAAGGACAAGUCGUGUAAGUUAACGUCUGUUGUGGCCGAUGUUGAAUUCCUAUACUGUAGCACACUAGUGAAGCUGCACCAUUGGUGAGCAAUAUUAUUGUUUAAAAAAAAAAAAAAAGGGGACUCGGAUAAAUUGCUUUUACGUGAAGGGAACUUUUGCAGGUCUGCACGGCGUACAUCCAAGCGUUCAUCCACAGUCCCUUUGUGUACCUUAAACAUUCAGGUGAUUUCGCCUUCCCUUAUGCCUGUGUCUAGACUGCUGGCUUCCUCCAGACAUAUGAUUAUACGUUGUAUGAGCGGCAUUGUACAUGGAUCCCUGGCUUGAUUUCUUUGGCUUUGUUUCUCUCCAUAACCUCACUCCCAGAAAUGCUUUUUAAAAUGUCGUUGAUUCUAUCUUAAGAAAAUGUAUUUAUUUUCACUGAUAAUAAAAAAUAUUUAUUUAAUGAA